AUGGCACACGCAGCCUCUCAGCUGAAGAAGAAGGCGGACUUGGACCUUACCGCCUUGGAGGAUGAAAAGAAGAAGAAAAAGAAGAAGGUGCGGGAGCCCAAGAAAAAGUCUGGCAGUUGGAGAAAGACAGACUUCCCCCAGAGGCAGCCGCCACCACCACCACCACCACCAACUGAGCUGACCGCUCUCUGGCGCUCAUUCUCUGGGAGGGACCCCCACCGACCCCCCCCUCAGCUGCCCAGCCCCAGCUCCAGCCAGAGCAUCGCCCCUCAGGAUGGCUUCACCCCCCUGGCGGUGGCUCUUCAGCAGGGGCAUGACCAGGUGGUCUCCCUGCUCCUGGAGAACGACACCAAGGGCAAGGUGCGCCUGCCUGCCCUUCACAUCGCCGCCCGCAAGGACGACACCAAGGCCGCCGCGCUGCUCCUCCAGAACGACCACAACGCCGACGUGGAGUCCAAGAUGAUGGUGAAUAGAACAACCGAGAGUGGCUUCACCCCACUCCACAUCGCUGCUCACUAUGGCAACAUCAACGUGGCGACACUGCUACUAAACCGAGGGGCAGCGGUGGACUUCAAGGCCAGGAAUGACAUCACGCCGCUGCAUGUGGCGUCCAAGAGAGGAAAUGCCAAUAUGCUGCGGCUGCUUCUGGAGCGCGGCGCCAGGAUCGACGCCAAGACCAAGGACGGACUGACUCCUCUGCACUGUGCGGCACGGAGUGGUCACGAGCAGGUGGUACAGAUGCUUCUGGAGCGAGGGGCCCCCAUCCUAUCCAAAACCAAGAACGGGCUGUCUCCGCUCCAUAUGGCCACACAGGGUGACCACCUGAACUGCGUCCAGCUGCUUCUACACCACGACGUGCCCGUGGAUGACGUCACCAAUGACUACCUGACCGCGCUGCAUGUGGCAGCCCACUGUGGCCACUACAAGGUCGCCAAGGUCAUCGUGGACAAGAAGGCCAACCCCAACGCCAAAGCACUGAAUGGUUUCACGCCACUCCACAUUGCCUGCAAGAAGAACCGGAUCAAAGUGAUGGAGUUACUGCUGAAGCACGGAGCAUCCAUCCAGGCUGUGACGGAGUCUGGGCUCACCCCGAUUCAUGUGGCUGCCUUCAUGGGCCAUGAAAAUAUUGUGACUCAGUUGACGAAUCACGGCGCGUCGCCAAACACGUCCAACGUGAGAGGAGAGACCGCGCUGCACAUGGCUGCCCGAGCAGGUCAGGCGGACGUGGUGAGGUUCCUGGUGAAGAACGGUGCGUCCGUGGAGGCCAAGGCGAAGGACGACCAGACACCGUUGCACAUCGCCAGCCGUCUGGGGAAGCCGGAUAUCGUCCAGCAGCUGCUUCACCACGGCGCCAUGCCGGACGCCAGCACCACCUCGGGCUACACGCCACUCCACCUGGCCGCCCGCGAGGGACACAAGGACGUGGCAUCUGUGCUGCUCGACCAAGGAGCCUCGCUCGGGAUCACCACCAAGAAGGGAUUCACACCCCUGCAUGUGGCAGCGAAGUAUGGGAAGAUCGAGGUAGCGAACCUCCUCCUGCAGAAGAAAGCUCCUCCGGACGCCGCAGGAAAGAGCGGUCUAACUCCACUGCAUGUGGCAGCGCACUAUGAUAAUCAGAAAGUGGCUCUUCAGCUGUUGGACCAAGGAGCUUCCCCGCACGCCGCUGCUAAGAAUGGCUACACGCCGCUCCACAUCGCGGCCAAGAAGAACCAGAUGGAGAUCGCCACCACCCUGCUAGAGUACGGCGCCGACACCAACGCUGUCACGCGCCAGGGCAUCAGCCCUGUCCACCUGGCCGCCCAGGAGGGCAACGUGGACAUGGUCACUCUGCUGCUCGCACGAGAGGCCAACAUCAACAUGGGCAACAAGAGUGGGCUGACCCCCCUGCACCUGGCGGCCCAGGAGGAUAAGGUGAACGUGGCCGAGGUCCUGGUCAACCACGGAGCCGCUCUGGAUCCAGAGACUAAGAUGGCAUACACUCCGCUGCAUGUGGCCUGUCACUAUGGUAACGUGAAGAUGGUGCACUUCCUGUUGAAGAACCAGGCUAAAGUCAAUGCCAAAACCAAGAAUGGAUACACUCCUCUUCACCAGGCAGCUCAGCAGGGCCACACCCACAUCAUCAACCUGCUACUGCAGUUCGGCGCCUCCCCCAACGAGCUUACCAUGAACGGCAACAGCUUGUCCAUUGCCAGACGCCUGGGCUACAUCUCUGUAGUGGACACACUCAAGGUCGUCACCGAGGAGACCCUGACCAAGGUGACGGUCACUGAAAAGCAUAAGAUGAAUGUUCCGGAGACAAUGAACGAGGUCUUGGACAUGUCUGACGAUGAAGUGCGUAAAGCCAAUGUACCCGAAUUGCUCAAUGAAGACUAUAUUUCAGAUGUUGACGAAGGUGACGAUGCAAUGACGGGCGAAACGGACAAGUACCUGGGUCCCCAGGACCUGAGGGAGCUCGGAGAUGACUCCCUUCCCCAGGAAGGCUACGUGGGGUUCAGCAUCGGGGCACGUACGGCAAGUCCUAAAGUCAGCCUCCGCUCCUUCAGUUCGGACAGGUCCAACACACUCAACAGGAGCUCUUUCACCCGGGACAGCAUGAUGAUCGAAGAGAUCCUGGCCCCCACCAAGGAGACGCAUCUUGCGGCAGCCAGGGAACACGACACUGACUCUCUGAGGAGGUACAGCUGGGCAGCAGACACACUGGACAAUGUCAACCUGGUCUCCAGUCCUGUCCACUCAGGCUUCUCCUCUCCUCUUCCUCAGUAUGACUCCAGGUUCCUGGUCAGUUUCAUGGUGGACGCGCGCGGAGGCUCCAUGCGCGGCAGCCGCCACAACGGCAUGCGCAUCAUCAUCCCGCCGCGCAAGUGCACGGCGCCCACGCGCAUCACCUGCCGCCUGGUCAAGCGCCACAAGCUGGCCUCUCCGCCGCCCAUGGUCGAGGGCGAAGGCCUCGCCAGCCGCCUGGUCGAGGUGGGCCCAGCGGGAGCGCAGUUUCUGGGGCCGGUGAUCGUGGAGAUCCCCCACUUCGGCUCCAUGCGGGGCGAGGAGCGCGAGCUCAUCCUGCUGCGCAGCGAGAACGGCGAGACCUGGAAGGAGCACCAGUACGACUGCAAGAUCGAGGACCUCAACCAGCUGCUCAACGGCAUGGACGAAGAGCUGGAGAGCGCCGAGGAGCUGGAGAGGAAGCGCAUCUGCCGCAUCAUCACCAAGGACUUCCCGCAGUACUUCGCCGUGGUGUCGCGCAUCAAGCAGGAGAGCAACCAGAUGGGGCCCGAGGGCGGGCUGCUCACCAGCAAGACCGUGCCGCUCGUCCAGGCCUCCUUCCCCGAGGGGGCGCUCACCAAGAAGAUCAGAGUGGGACUGCAGGCCCAGCCGGUGCCAGAUGAGGCGGUGAAGAAGAUCCUGGGCAACAGAGCCACGUUCAGCCCCAUCGUGACCGUCGAGCCCCGCCGCAGGAAGUUCCACAAGCCCAUCACCAUGACGAUACCAGUCCCACCACUCUCGGGCGAAGGUGUUACCAACGGCUACAAGGGCGACUCCACCCCUUGCCUACGUCUUCUUUGCAGCAUCACAGGUGGCACAUCUCCGGCUCAGUGGGAGGACAUAACUGGCACGACCCCGCUGACCUUCUUGCAUGACUGUGUGUCCUUCACCACCAAUGUGUCCGCCAGGUUCUGGCUGGCGGACUGCCAUCAGAUCCCUGAGACUGUGGGCCUGGCCACUCAGCUGUACCGCGAUCUCAUCUGCGUGCCCUACAUGGCAAAGUUUGUGGUGUUUGCCAAGAUGAAUGACCCAGUGGAGUCCAGCCUGCGUUGCUUCUGCAUGACCGACGACAAGGUGGACAAGACUCUGGAGCAGCAGGAGAACUUCGAGGAGGUCGCCCGCAGCAAAGACAUCGAGGUUUUGGAGGGAAGGCCUAUUUAUGUGGACUGCUAUGGCAACCUGGCUCCUCUGACCAAAGCUGGCCAACUGCUGGUUCUGAACUUCUACGCUUUCAAAGAGAACCGUCUGCCAUUCUGUGUGAAGGUCAGGGACAACAGCCAGGAGCCUUGUGGACGCCUGUCCUUCCUGCGAGAGAGCAAGCCGACCAAGGUUAUCCCUCAGACAGCUGUUUGCAAUUUAAAUAUCACACUGCCAGCGCUUAAGAAGGAUAUGGAUUCAGAUCCUGAGGAAGAGACUGAAAAACCAGACAGACGUCACACCUUUGCUUCCCUAGCCUUACGUAAGCGCUACAGCUAUCUGAGUGAGCCUGCCACGAAAACAGUUGAACGAACUACAACAAGAACACUGCCUGAUGGUCACGCUCACAAACCUGUCUUUUCAACAAGAUCUUACCAGGCAUGGUCGGCUGCUCCUAUUACCGUCCCUGGGCAAGCAAAAUGUGGACUGGGUUCCCUCGUCAGCUCAUCUUCCACCACACCAUCUGCUUCUCCAUUAAAGUCCGUCUGGUCGAUAUCAUCAUCGCCAAUCAAAUCCACACUGGGAGCCUCCAAUGCAUCCCCAACCAAAUCCGUUUGUGAAGUAGCCUCCCCAAUCCGAUCGUACAGAACUAUUGCCUCCCCUAUUAAGACUGUCGUUCAGCAAGGGCAAUACCCCACACCCGUUUCUGCCAGCCUCAUGUCCUCACCCAUUAAAACUGGCACAGACCCAGCUUCAGUUAAAGCUCUCGCUGCCACGCUUUCCUCAAGAGCUUCACCUGCUACGCAAGUAGGCUCCAUGCUUGACCGAUCGGCCAUUUCAAUGACCCCUCCUGAUUCCCCCAAGUCCAGCAUGAAUAUGUACAGUUCCAGUUUGCCGUUCAAGUCAGUGCUAGCUUCAAUGGCCACUGCUUCGCCCCCCUCAGUUAAAACAAUAUCAAGUUUGUCCACAAUCAAACCCUCUGCUGAUAUUGCUUCAACAUCGAAAGGAACCAUUUUCACCUCUGCCUUGACCUCACCAGCCAAGUCCACAGUUGCUGCUUCUGAAACUAUGCUUAACGGCUCAGUCUCACCUAUCAAAUACCUAUCCCCCUCGCCCGCACCUUCCCGUAUUCUCUCAGGAGUUACCAGCAGCUUGCAGGAGAGGAUACAGGCCACAACACAGGCAGCCACAUCUAGUGUAACCGCAGCCAUCGACGAAUCAUUCAACUCUUGCGGAGCAGCAAGUUACAGCGCACUUAAAUCCAUGUCCCCCUCCCUAAGAGCCAGUGUCGCCAGUUCCGUUUACUCAUCGCUUAGAUCCCACACAGCUGCCACCACCACCACCACAGUGUCCUCCAGUACCAUAACAGUGCCCGUGUAUUCCCUCGUGAAUGUGUUACCUGACCCUCAACUCCCUAGAGCCACUGAAAUAACGCCAACAUCGCGUUCGGCAGCUGCACAACAAACGCACACUCCUGCCCAGUCCUCCAGUCCUAGAUCUAAGACAACCUUGAAAUCCUCACUGUUCCUGUCCCCGACAUCCCUGAAAGCAGCCACUGCCUCCUCCUUGUCCCACAGUCAGGACCUUCUCAGAGACGUUGCCGACAUGAAAGAGGACCUGAUGCGAAUGACUGCCAUACUCCAGAGUGACGCUAGUGCCGUAGCUAAGACCUACCAGUCUCAGGCAGCCAAAGAGGCAAAAGUAGAGGAUGAGGAGCCUUUUAGUUUAGUUGAAAAAGUGAAAGAGGACCUGGUCAAGGUUAGCGAGAUCCUUACAAAAGACGUGUUAAGUGAAGCCAAAGCCGCUGCCCGAGAGAGAGCCUCAGAGGAAGACUGGGAAGAGUUUUCGAAAGAUGAAAUCGAAGAUGCCAGACAGAACGCAUUGAGAUCGCUGCCCACAUUUGAACCCACACUCCCUGUUAGACCACAAUCUGUGCCUGACAAAGAUCUCAAUUUUGCCAAGGUGGUAGACUAUUUGAUGAAUGAUAUUGGUGCUAGCUCUCUGUCCAAAAUGGCUGAUGCCAAGUGUAGGUAUGAGGAGAUGAGAAAAGAUGGGGAGGAGAAACAGAAACGUGGCAUCAAGCCUGAGCACAAACUCAAAAUGCCACCCACAGGCAUGCGUUCCUCCCCCUCUGAGAAAGACUUAAGUAAGCUAGCCGAUUCCUACAUGGGCCCUGAAACCAUCCUUGAAUCUCCGGACGAUUUCUCCCAUGAGCAGGACAAGAGCCCCCUGUCAGACAGUGGCUUCGAAACAAGGAGUGAUAAGACUCCCUCAGCACCUCAGAGUGCCGAGAGCACCGGACCCAAACCUCUCUUCACAGACGUUCCUCCAGUUAUUACAGAGACCAGAACAGAGGUCGUCCACAUCAGGAGCUAUGAGCAUCCAGAUGACCUCUGUGAGCCCAUGAUGGAGGAGGCAACAUCAGGGGCAGCAACAGCUGCAGCUAUAGCAGAGGCAUCUGCAUCAGCAUGUCUAGAGCCAGAGCCGGCAGUCGCUUCACUCAAAGAUAAGGUCAAGACCUUUCAGAUUAAGGUAAACACAGAGGAGGAUUACAGCAAAAGUAUGUGCCUGAAAGAGGAAACUCAUAUCACCACCACCACGAGAAUGGUGUACCACAAGCCCCAGCUGACCGAGGGCAGUGGUGACAGAAUGGAGGAAACCAUGUCAGUGAGAGACAUCAUGAAAGCAUUCCAGUCAGGUCGAGAUCCUUCCAAAGAAUUAGCUGGCCUAUUCGAGCACAAAGCUGCACAGGAUUCGAUAAAAGGAGACGAGCUGUCUCCGCGAUUCCUCGAUAAAGACUCAAAAGGGAAACCCAAGGUAGAAAGAAUAAUCGAGGUUCACAUAGAAAAGGGCAACACCUCAGACCCAACCGAGGUCAUAAUCAGAGAAACUAAGAAGCAUCCAGACUACCGCAGCAUGAAAGAAUUACUCGACAAAGCUGAGGGUGAUUAUGAGGUAAUGCAGGAAGAGGAUGACUUUGCUGCAGAGGAGUCACUGCCCUCUUACUUGGACACCUCGAGGGUCAACACUCCAGUCUCUCAGGAAGAGGACAGCCGGCCCAGCUCUGCCCAGCUAGUCGCUGAUGACUCUUACAAGACGCUGAAGCUCUUGAGCCAGCACUCGAUAGAGUAUCACGACGAUGAGCAGUCAGAACUGAGGGGGGAGUCCUACAGAUUUGCUGAGAAAAUGCUCCACUCCGAAAAGCUAGACACUUCACAUUCUGAUACUGAGGAGGUCGCAGCAGAUCAGGCCCGUGGCCAAGCAGCAGAGGCACAAGGAGCUGAGGGCUACUCUGGUGAGAGAGCAUCAGGCACAAGAAAAGAGACCCAUUUCAAGUCCAAGGAUGCAUCAGAUAAAUCGGGUAAAUUCACUCAGAAGGACGAGCCGUACGACAAAUUGACAGUGUUGCAUUACACAACAGAGCCCGGCAGCCCCAAGCACGCAGUGUGGAUGCGAUUCACCCAAGAUAGGCAAGACAGAAACAGAGAGAAGCUAAUAUAUGAAGAUCGCUUAGAUCGAACCGUAAAAGAAGCAGAAGAAAAACUGAGUGAGGUCUCGCAGUUUUUCCGUGACAAAACCGAGAAGCUGAACGACGAGCUUCAGUCACCAGAAAAGAAGCCCGCAAGGAGGGUGCCAAGAGAGACGCGGUCUGGGCCCAGUUCCAUGUGCAGCAGUCCAGAGAAAACACAACAGAAGAGGGAAGCAAGUAGUGGCGAGGAGUGGGCAAGGGGAAGUAUGAGAGAAUCCUCAGUUGGAAAGUUGUUUGGAAGUGAGAGAAAAAGUGCUAGUGUACCAAGUAGUCCAGAGAGACGUUCUCAGCUUCAAACCAGUGAAGAAAAACCUAAAGAGGACAGUGGAGAAACACCAACGAAAGUCCCACCUCCUGUUGCCGCAAAAUCUUCCAAAGUUACUGCUUUUAAACAGAAAUUUGAAGCUGAGGCACAAAAACAAGAGAGUAGCACCCCACGAUCACCAAAACCCCCAGUCAAAAAGUUUCAAGAGAGUAAAUUACCUGUUUACCAGCCUGUCCAAGGCUCCAAAACAUCAAAAAGUCCCUCAGAGGAAGAGAAAAUCUCACCAAAAAAGGCAGAAGUCGAUAAAAGUAGGACAUCUAAAGGACCAUGUCCUGAUGUCAGUCAAUCUGGAAUAUCUGCCACAGCCCCAAAACAAUCAAUUGAACCACCACCUAAUAAAAAUGCAACACAUUCGACAGCCCAAAAGCAGAUCCAAAGUGACAGUGUCAGAGCUGCAGACAUUGGCAAGGAUGAAAAAAGGGCCUUUGAAAUGCGUAGAAACAAAGACCAGUUACCUCAGAGCAAAAUGGAUGAGUCAUCGAAAAGGGACAGUGGAGUUGACAUUCAAAGUGCGGCAUCCUCUGAGGCCAACAGACUGCUUACAAAAACUGAUACAAGAACUUCUCCUUUAAAGCAGCACGGCCCAAGUGAUAUGUCUAAAAAAGUUGCUUCUCCAGACUGUAUGCCCUCAGAUAGUACUGAGAGUGGUGACAUGCACUCAAAGACCCUCAGAAAAAAGGCUGACUCUCAAAUACCUGUACGCUUAAGUGGCCCAUCAGAUAGUGAUCAAUUCAGUAAAGCUAAGCAAGACACAACAGUAAAGCAGCCAGAGAAGUUACCUUCACAGAUACCCACUUUAACUAAAACAAGAGUCCAGGGUAGAUCUGAACUAGGUGGCCUAAAGUCCCAAGAUUCAACCACUAGUAAGCUCACUGAUGCUAGUUCUGUGGAGGGCAAAGAGAGAGCAACUAUAGUUACAACUCGAGAAGGUUUUAAAGGUCUUAAAUCCUUGCCUGUUUAUGUAAGUGUACAAUCUGGCAAGGGCGACAAAGACUCUGGAGGGCAAAAUGGCAGCCAUAAAAACUUAAUAACUGUAAAACAGAAGCAGGCGACAUCCCCCCAACCUAGCCCAGAUGAUGACACCUUUGAACAGGUAUCUUUUAUAGACAGUUCUGGAAAAAGCCCCAUGACCCCUGAGACCCCCAGUUCUGAAGAGGUCAGCUAUGACCUCAUGUCUCGAACCCCUGAGUCCCUUUUUCUCAUGCCAGCUCGCCCCAGUCCAAUCCCAGAGGUGUCAGAAGAAUCAGAAAGUGACGAGCAGAGGAAAGCUUUCUCUUUCAAAGAAUCUCCACCAGAGAAGCCAAAAAUCAUCACUGUCGCUGCUGAGCCCAGUAAUGCUAACGCUGGUCAGGUUGCUAAGGCAAGGCGAGUAGCUUACAUUGAGUUUCCCCCACCCCCACCCCUGGAGGACCAAUCCCAACCCGAGCCGAAGGGCUCAUCCUCAGAUGCCGAUACAGAGAUGAUGGAGGUGAACCUCCAGGAGGAGCACGAUAAGCAUCUUCUUGCUGAGCCCAUCAUAAGAGUUCAGCCCCCAUCCCCUGUGCCCCCAGGGGCUGACAAGAGUAGCUCCAGCGAUGAUGAGUCAGUUUUUCAACCCAUUCAUUCAAAGAAAUACAAAUUCAAAGUGGAUGAGAAAAAAGAGGAGAAGGAAACCAAACCCAAAAAGCAGGACAAAAAUGGAAACCACAAAGAUAACGGACUUAAUGGAUCAGGUGACGAUGAGUAUGAGCAAAACGGGAAUGACCAGUCUAUAACAGAUUGUUCGAUAGCAACAACUGCAGAGUUUUCACAUGACACAGACGCAACAGAGAUAGACUCCCUCGAUGGCUAUGACCUUCAAGAUGAAGAUGAUGGCUUGAGUGACCAGAACGCAAAGCCGUUCAGCUUUGGAAUUGAUAACCGAAAGGACGUGUGGUCAACAGACAACAUGCUUAGGCCAAGUGACCGUGCUUUUAGUCAAACAAGACUUGAUGUGAUUGAGGAAGAACCACUCCCGAUAGAGGAAGGCAAAAAAGAAUUUGACAAAAAAUUGGAAGAUGGAAACGAAAAUGUAAUAAAUGAAAAACAAUCAAAAUCUGAAGGACAUUCAGAAACAUACUUUAGUUACAAAUUGGUGGAGGAGUUUAACACUCCAUUCAAAACUGUUGCGACCAAAGGUUUGGACUUUGAUCCUUGGUCCAGCAAGGGAGGAGACGAUGAGGUGGUUGAUGCUAGAAUUAAAGAUGAUGAGCCCAAGCCUUUUGGGUUAGCUGUAGAUGACAAGUCACAAGGCACAUCUCCAGAUACAACUCCUGCUAGAACCCCGACAGAUGAAAGCACACCGACAAGUGAGCCUAACCCGUUCCCCUUCCACGAAGGGAAGAUGUUUGAGAUGACUCGCAGUGGCGCAAUUGACAUGAGCAAGCGGGAUUUUGUCGAAGAGAGACUACAGUUUUUUCAGAUUGGCCCCCAGAGUCCAUGUGAGAGGACAGAUUUGCGUAUGGCCAUUGUGGCUGACCAUCUCGGCCUGAGCUGGACAGAGUUGGCCAGGGAAAUGAAUUUCUCUGUGGAUGAGAUCAACCACAUCCGGGUGGAGAACCCCAACUCUCUAACGGCUCAGAGCUUCAUGCUCCUAAAGAAAUGGGUGAACCGGGAUGGUAAAAAUGCCACAACGGAUGCCUUAACCGCAGCCCUGACAAACAUCAAUCGGAUGGAUAUUAAGACCUUGCUGGAAGGGCCAAUAUUUGACUAUGGUAACAUUUCAGGCACACGGUGUUUUGCAGAUGAUAACGAUUCCCUGGAUCAGGCGGAUGGUUACCACAACAUCGAUUUGGAGAUGCAGACCCCAACAGAGUUGACCUAUGAGUCCCCCACCCUGUUCCGUCACGACGAUGUCUUUAGCCCGGACCCCGCUAGCGUAGGCCCCUCGCAGCAUAGCACCCCAGUUAGGCCCAGCGACCUCUCCCUGCCCGGCUCCCCCAGCCUGGACUUGGGACCGGGCGCCGCGUCCAGGGACGGCAAGCCCCCGACCGUGGUGGCGGAGGACACGUCUCUGGAGAGCCACAGAGGAGGGGCCCAAGGAGGAGGAGCGGAGGAGGAGUUCUCCACCGAGGAGGACGCGGCCCCCCUCCCGCUCCGAGACGAGAGCGACGAGGCGGCGCAGGGCGAGUCAGAGGCACCCGCACGCGGCAGCGGCCUGAGAGAGACAGUGGGGGAGACCGAGGAGGACGCGGCGGCGGUGGCGGUGUCGAUGACGAUGCGGGAGCCUGAGGAUUGGGCGUCCGGCGCAAACACCCGCCCGCAAGUGGCCACGGGAGGUGGAGGAGGAGGUGGUGGCAUGUCUGGUCAUGCAGAGGAAGAAGAGAGGGAGAUGGAGGAGGAGGAGGACAACGAUGAGGGCGAGAUGACGCAGGAGAAGCUAAAGUCCCUCCUGGGGGACAUUAAGCUGGAGGAAGGCUCAGAGGAUGAGGAGAUGACCGAGGAGAAGGUGCAGGAGAUUCUCUCACAGGUGGAGCAGGCAGAAAAAGACUUGUCUUCACUUGCAGGUUGGCCAGGCGAGCACUCGGGGGCUGGGGAGACCGCGUCGGCGGAGGCGGAGGCGGUUGCGGAGGCCUCCAGGACACAAGGCAGCGGAGGGGCAACACCAGAGCGACAACGCAAAAGCCAGGAGGGUUCUGCGGAGUGUCCACCCGAGGCUCAGACGGAGCGGGUCAAACAGAACGGAGAGCACGCAGAGUCCCCAGAGCACCCCGAUGCCCACCUGCCCCACAGCCAGGCAGAGGCCACCAGGGCGGCGCCAGAGGACAGAAGAGCGGAAGCCAGCAGCAAGGAGGCCGAGAGUUCCACUGGGCCUGAGAACCAAGCACAGGCUGGGGUUCGCAGAGCUGCUGACUCCAGCUCUGAUGAGGAGCAGACCAUCACUACACGAGUGUUUCGGCGAAGGGUGAUUCUGAAGGGAGAGCAGGCCAAAAACAUUCCUGGGGAAUCGGUGACAGAGGAGCAGUUCACGGACGAGGAUGGAAACAUUGUCACUAGAAAAGUCAUCCGCAAGGUCGUCCGGCGCUCUGCUCCCACUGAAGAGAGGGGCAAGAGCCGACGCAAGCGGGGCAAAGGUCGUCAGGGCCCUAAGGCCGAGCACCAGGAGGAGGAGGAGCAGGCCAGGGCGCCUGCACCCGCGCCCCAGAGAGAGCGCACUGAGUCGGGAGACGGAGCCAAGGGAAAGAAGAAGAAAGGAGAGCGACAGCAAGAGAAAAAGGGUCAAUCAUAACCGUCAAUCAUAACCGUCAAAAAGCGCCACAAUGAUUUGAAAUCGUCUCAUAAUUCUUUUUCCUGGAAGGGGAAUCACUGGAAAUCAGCUGAUGGGGGGGGACACGAGUCUACAGCUUCUCACAUCCAAACGCAUGGAUUUCAGCAAGAAAGAUGUCUUCUGAGUUCUUACAUUUUUUUCCGCAUGAGCAUGACAAAAAAAAAAAGAAAAAGACUCAUCUGUUUCUGUCAACUAUACAAAGCAUCCAGUCCAGGACAUGUAGGUAGGUAGCUGAAGGCUGACGGUUAAGGCCUACCCCAGCUACUAGAGCCCCACACACUGGUACGAUGCAUCGAAAACCUCCACAAGGCAUUACCCACCCCCCAUACCCCCCAAAGCAAUUUUCCGUGACCAAAGAUGGCACAACUUUAAGCAGUAUACCUAUGAGACAGAGACAGUGGGAGGAGCACUAAAUCACCUUCAACACUCGCCUUACGUUGAUCCUCUUGGACCCAUGAUGUCGGGAUGUAUAAUGCUGUUGGAUUUGUUUUUUUGUUUUUUGUUUUGUUUUCUUUUGGGAUUUUCUUGUAUAUAAAUUACACUGUAUAAAUUCUUUUGAAGAAAAAAAAAAGAAGAAAAAAGUAGCUUACAAAUUGUUGAUGCACUGUCUGGAGUCCUUUUCAGAUAUGAUGACAUGAAAUGAAUUGCCAACAUUGAUUCCAACGAUUAAGGAAAGGCUUGGGUCUGACUUGUAAUAUUGUUAGCAAAUUGAGAAAAAAAAAAGUUUGUAAAUGACACAAAAAAAAGAGCUAACUUGAUUUUAACAGCGAGCGUUUCUUUCAAUAACACUGCACUUACUCUUCACACAACACAUCUAAACAUGGGAACAGCCCUAGAGUGCUUCUCACAAUACUUUCUCAGAGUACUAAUAUUUUGAUGCAUGUGAUUCACAUUAUUCAAAUUAUGUUUUUUUUUUUUUUUUUUUUUUUCUAAAUUGCAAACACUGCAUUGUGACGUACGUGGAAGGAGGCAAGGUGUGCUGUCUGUGUGUCCACAAUUCUGCCAUAUCUAUCACUUACAACUGUUUUGUAUGAGAGAGGGAAAAGAUGCUACAGAGCAUGACGGAGAAUUUUAAGGAUUUGAAUAAAUGGAUGCGAAUGGGAAUACCUCAGUUCAUGCCUCUUGAUGACACAGCGACUCCUGUGAGGAGCAAGGGAUUCUGGGAAAACGAAUGGGCCUAAAUAACAACCCGAAUGUAUCAUGUAGACCGGCACGCUGUAAACGUUUUAACUGUUAUCAUCUGUAUUGGCUGAAGGAUGUAGAAAUCUUCCACAGCCAAUCAUCUGUGAUCAUUCAAGCAGUGUAUUACUAGAUUUUUUUUUAAAAGAAAGAAAGCUGCUGUGGUUCAAAAGGGGCAUUUUUAUUUGGGUUUUUGUGAAAUUUUAUUUCUGAUGAGAUCAGUUCGUAUGACAGGCACCAACGGCAUUCAUUGAUUAUAGAUCUGGUAACAUACUGUAUGGCAAGAAGAAAACAUACACUGGAUGAUCUAAUUAAUUAUUUAAGCAUAAAAUAAAUUGUGUUUAAACCCAAA